ACAAAAUAGAAAGAGCGUAUGGCCAUUGGUGAAGAUUUCUCGACUGUCUAGAGAGUAGGCCAAUACUAAAAACAGGGAGGAUGACUAAUUUGUGUUAUUACUAUUCUUACCAUUUUUUCUACACCCGUACGACGUUGGCAUAAUAGUUAACUGUUUGAGUCGCUGAUUUGUCGUUUCGGCGCUUCUCGAUUUUAAAACGCAGCUACUUACCCACACAAAUAUACAGAAAUUGGUAUUUGUAUACAUAUUUGCUUGCGGUACCGGCUAACUUAAAACCGACCUAAUGUCGGAGCGGAGUUUGAAGGUGGGCGCGCGGGUCGAUAUAACCGGCAAGGAUCUUCAAGGAACUGUUGCCUAUGUUGGUAUGACCAGCUUCGCCGUUGGCAAGUGGGUGGGCGUGGUGCUUGAUGAACCAAAAGGUAAAAACAAUGGCACAAUUAAAGGUCAGACAUACUUUGAAUGUGGCGAAAAUUGUGGCAUGUUUGUGCGUCCGACUCAGCUUCGUGUCAUUGGUGGCAGUCCCGAUUCAAAGAAAUCUUCAGAAGACAUAGCUGACUCGGCAAGUAGUGGCAGCAGCGCAAGAACCCCCAUGACCCAACCCACUAAAGCACGGUUGAGCGGGUCGCGUAACUCGCUCUCUUCCAGCCGCCAAUCAUUGCUGGGUUCACGUUCGCAGCUCUCCACCUCGUUGAUAGAACGUAGUGGCAGUACAGCAAGUAGUUCCAGUGGCGGCCGGAAGAGUUUACAACCACCCAGUGUAACAGCCAGAGAUCACACCGCUGGUUCUGCCACGGCAUCCAGUUCGUCCAUACCCACGGCUGAGGGUGGCAAUGGCAAUGCUUCACAUUCAACUUCGAAACGUGCUUCUUUCGUCGAAACUGGUUUCCUUGAGAUCCUCAAGCCGCAAUUUACGCCAUUGCAGCCAAUGCGCUCGCCCUCUUUUACCGCUGUACCGCAAGGACCCACUGCUGAAGAAAAGGCCGCUGCCGCUGAACAACAGAAACUCAUCGAGGAUUUGCAAUUGCAAGUAACCGAUUUAACUGAAAAAUUGGAAACUUUAAAACAACGUCGUAAUGAAGACAAAGAUCGCCUACGUGAAUUUGAUAAGAUGAAAAUUCAAUUUGAACAGUUGCAAGAAUUUCGUAGCAAAAUUAUGACUGCACAAUCAUCGCUACAAAAGGAACUUCAGCGUGCGAAGCAAGAAACAAAAGAUGCCAUCGAAGCACGUGAAAGACAUGCCCAAGAAAUGUCUGAACUGGCCGACAAUGUCGAGCUCAUCACCUUAGACAAAGAAAUGGCUGAAGAAAAAGCAGAUACUCUACAGCUCGAGUUGGACUCUGCAAGGGAACGUAUUGAGGAGUUACAAGUGGACUUGGAACUAAUGCGUUCAGAAAUGCAAAACAAAGCUGAAACCUCUAUUGGUGAAAUCUCCACUGAAGGUAGUGGUGGCCUCUCCACCUAUGAAUUCAAACAACUAGAACAGCAAAAUUCACGUUUAAAGGAGACACUGGUGCGCCUGCGCGACUUGUCAGCCCAUGACAAACAUGACAUACAGAAGCUUACAAAGGAAUUGGAAAUGAAGAAGUCCGAAGUUGCGGAAUUGGAGCGUACAAAGGAAAAGUUAUCGAGCAAAAUUGAUGAAUUGGAAGCGACAGUCGCCGACUUGCAAGAACAAGUCGAUGCUGCACUUGGCGCCGAAGAAAUGGUCGAGCAAUUGGCCGAGAAGAAAAUGGAACUCGAAGAUAAGGUGAAAAUGCUUGAGGAGGAGGUGGCACAGCUGGAAGCGCUUGAGGAAGUGCAUGAGCAGCUGGUAGAGAGCAAUCAUGAGCUAGAAAUGGAUUUGCGUGAAGAAUUGGAUUUACUGAGCGCCGCACGUAAGGAAGCACUGCGCGAACGUGACGCUGCUAUCGAGACAAUUUAUGAUCGCGAUCAGACAAUCACCAAAUUCCGCGAACUUGUGCAGAAAUUGAAUGAACAGUUAUUAGAUUUGCGUGAUCGCACUACCAACAAUGAUCCCAAAUCUCUACAAGACCCCAGUGGAGUCAAGAUCGCCAGCGAAACAAUCGAUUAUAAACAGAUGUUCGCCGAGUCGAAGGCAUACACACGCGCCAUUGACGUGCAGCUACGUCAAAUCGAACUAACGCAAGCAACGGAACAUGUACAAAUGUUGACUGCAUUCAUGCCGGAGUCGUUUAUGAGCCGUGGCGGUGAUCACGAUUCCAUAUUGGUGAUAUUGCUAAUUUCACGCAUCGUUUUCAAAUGCGGCAUUGUGGUGAGCCAGACGCGCGAACGCUUCCCCGCUGUGGAUAAUAUAACACGUGAAGCCGUUUUUCAGGGUCACUCAGUGCAGCAGUAUGCCUUCAAGUGCCGCCUCAUGCACUACAUACACAAUUUACAAUGCGCUCUCCAUCAAAUACUCUACGGACUGAAUAGCUGUCAGCCAGAUACGCUGCUGCGCGCCGGAAAUUCACUGCCCGAAAUGGUUGCACAAGAGAAAACUAUCGAUGGCAUUAUUGAGUUGCUUAAGUCGAAUCAACUAGAUGAGAAUUCUACCACAGAAAACAUUGAGAAAUGCGUCGCUUUCUUCAAUGCAAUGAACUCUGUAUUGCUAGCCGGCGAGGACCUACUCAAUGAAACACAGAUGAUACGCGAUUGCGUCGCUGCGCUGAGCUCGUCAUGCGAGUCCAUCUUGAAUGAUGUUACCAUUGCGCGCACCAUUGUACGCGAGGGUGGUGACACCAGCGACUCCAUGCUGCUUAUGCAAUACCUCAACGAGCAAACGGAGGCAAUCAAACAGCAAGUGAAGCUAAUCAAACGCCGCUUGCCACAGGAUGUGCAUGUCAUCAAAUGCGGCAUAUCGCCGCUCAAACUGGAAGCCAUGCGUCAGCUGGCACAUUCGCUGUCGCGCGUCAUGUCCGUUAUGCAUUUGGCUACCAAGCAAGGUGUGCAGCUAAUAGCCGCCUCAAUUGAAACGGACAACACCGCUGAGCAUACCAUAGAGCAUGUGAAAUUCUGGGAAUUGCUCACGCAGGCUUGCGAACGUGUCUACGAGCAGGAUGAUCGUGGUCCAUCACAAAACUUCAAAGGCAUGUUGGCUCAGGCCAACAGCGAUUUGCAACAAAUGGCACAGUAUUUGUUGGACAAAGAGUAUGAGAUUAUGUCAUUGGCCAAUCAGAAACAAGAGAAACCCGUUUCACCCAUCAUUUCACGCGCACAACUCAUCAAGAAACAGUUAGAGCAAAAGAACGUGCUUGCUGCAACACUCGAGAAUCGUGAAGCCGAUAUAAAACAACUAAAACUGGCUGCCAAGCUGAAGCAGAACGAACUCUCCGAGAUGCAGAUACGCAAGGACUUGGCCGAGAAGAAACUGUCCGUACUGCAGGGCGAAUUCGAGCACACGGUUGAGAAAUGGAAGCGUCAAUAUGAGGAGACGCAUGCGCAGCUAGAGCAGCUGCAAAAGAAGGAGAAAGAGUACGAGGACACGCUGGAUCAUCUGCAGAGUGACAUUGAAGCUUUGGAGAGCGAGAAGAGCACGUUGCGUGAGAAACUCAAAUCGACCGGUGGCACCAAACGCUUUGCCGACUCAUCCCUUUCAACGACCAGCGGCAGUGGCGCCGCCUUCGCCAAUCACGGCGUCUCCGGCAGCACACCACUCAUCGCCGAGGAGCUGCAGUUGUUGAAAACAGUGGUACAUAACGAACGCAACGCACGCUUACGUAUGCAGGCACAAAAUAUACGCGACAAGCUGAAGAAGUUCGAACCGAUUUAUGUGCCGCAACCGAAGGACAAACGCAUCACCGAACUGGAAGUCGAACUCACGCGCAUGAAACACGCAUGGGCUCUAUCACUACUGCAGGCCACGCCCAAAUCGGAUCCAAUGGCUGCACAAUCGAUUGUGGCGCAACAGCGACGCAAUCAGCAUGUGCCCGCCAAAGCGGAGAUCUCCUCGCGCGCUAGUCACUUGGCAGCUGAAAUACUCGGCGAAUAUCUGCAACGCAAUCCACAUCGUGCCGCCAACUGCGAUUUUGCGGCCUUCCCCACUGUGGAGGUGAAGCGUGUGUUAAAGCUGUAGGCAUAAGUUUACACGAAGGUAUUGAAUAGAAAGGCUAAGGAACUUUAAGUGCAACUGAGUGGCUUGUGAUGCGGUUUUGAAAGCUGCAUAUAAGUAGUUAGUGGCUAUAAACGUACAUACAUACAUAUACACACAUACUCUCCCAAUUUUUAUGAACGUUUAAGGACAGCCAUUUAUUCAGUAUAUAUGUACACCAAUGUAUUACUCAUAGCCGUAAAUUAAAGGCAACUAAUUAAUGCUUGUUUCUACCAACGCUUCCUUACAUUUCCCCUCAUAACUGUUAAAUUUUAUAUUUUAAUAUUGCAUUCGAAAGCGUGGCAUUCAUAAUUUUGCGCGUUUAAAAACUAAAAUUGUAUUUUUAUUGAGUGAAAAGAGUACUAAGCAAUUUUGAAUGUAAAAUUAUGUAAGAUUAGGAAAAGUGUAGCACAAAGCGAAUCAAAUGAUAAAUAUAGCAAAAAUUAUUUUCGCUUGAACAUAAAUUCUAUAUAAAAUGCACUUUCUUAUAUAAUUGUUAAAAUAUAACGGUCACAGUGAAAUUAUUGAUAUGUUUUAUUACGAUAUUUAGUUAGAAAUUAUGUAAUGCUAUCGAUAUACGAUACUUUUUUAAAGAAUUUAAUAAAAAGACAAACAAAUGAA